AAUGCGGCUUGCGUUAUUUAUCAUGACAAGUUUGAUUGAAAAUAUCCGAUUUUUGAUUAAAGAUUAACAUUUUCUAAAAUAUUCAUCAAUUGAUUAAAAUUUCAUUAACUUUUCGAUUUCAUGCAAUGAUAAAUAAGAAGUCAAAAAGUCAUCGCAAAAAUACGGGUUAUUUUACACUGAUGAAAUAAAACUUUAAAAUGAUUUUGAUAUGACUUUAUUAAUAAAAGUGAAAACAUGUAAGCAGAAACAGAAAACACACGUAUAUGUUAUAUUUUAAAUAGUGUUAACAAGAGAUUGUUAUCAUAAAACAAUUAAAUAUAUAUUUCUAAUGAAAGCACAAACAUUUUAAGCUAUGAAUCCAAAGUCGUAUGCGCGCUAUGGCAAGAAUUACGCCACCGGAAGUAAUCGUCUGGAUAACGAGAUGCGGAGCUGGAGCCGGAACAAAAUGGAGGACCGGAAGUUGGAAAUGCGACAGGCGGAAGUGGACAAGCACAAGACGGGCAGGCGGAAGAGCUCCGACGCGGAAGCGCGGCUUGUAUGCCGUGACCUUGAGGAAAACAUCAACAAGACGACACCGGGUGUGGAUGCGUACCUGGGAAAAUCACAGAAUAGGUAUAACGCGUGGCGGCGUAAAGAAAUGGAACAGCUUGACCGGAAGUACCGCAGCAUGCACAAGGAGUACCUGAAGGAAUACCACGCCCUCCAUUUGAACGAUUAUGAAGAGCUGGAGCGCGAGAAGCGCCUUCGGACCUCUGCCUCCGAAUCCCAACUGAACAUACAUCCGGCGGAAAUGGAUUCUUAUGACGCCACUGACAGUGUAGAUGCACCAGGCGUCUCUCAGGUCGAAGUCCAAAUCCUUAAGGGCGGAAGUGCUGAAGAGCUGACUUCCGGUUUAAAUGAAAUGACAUUGCGGUCCGACGUGGAGAAAACAGAGGCGCUUGGAAUGUAUCUCGGAAGCCGCCGACGUUCUACCGGCUCCAUAACCGCCGAAGAUAUGUCGAGAAUGAAGCCGUUUCAAAUUAAACUGACCAGUGUUGAAGAAACUCCGAGCUGCGAAAAUGGCCAUGGCGCAGAAAGUUCAGACGUUUUAGCUACGGAAAAGGAUAACGAGACCGACAGCGGGCAACCAAAAAUAACAAAAGACACCGAGAAAACGGUCAAUCUAUCAAUGAGGCCGAUUAACAAAGAAAGCGGAAACCCAAAAGCAAAGCCAAAGAAAGAUGCCAAAAUUUCCAAAAGACGAUCGUCGGAUGCAUUUGGUGCAAAGAAAGCUAAUGUUGGACUUGAGCUGCCAAAGCGACUGUCAAGGAGAUCCUCCCUGGCAACUCGGCAGCUUCCACUUACAUUGUAAAACAUGCCAUACCGAGUUUUUAUAAGACGAUUGCCGAUGCAAAGCAUCAAAGAUGCAUCUGAAUGGAUGUCAUUUGUUAUAUUUAUCUGGACUUCAUUUUUGACGUUAGUUGACGUGAUGUACGAACACUUUUUGACAAUAUAAUCAUUUUUUUGAUAUAUACUUGUACCUAACAGUGUCUGUCUAAACUGUUGAUAAAGUAUAAAUUAAUUGUUCAUAUUAUUAACAUUAAUAUAUAAUGAAACCAGAACAGUUACAGGUGAUCCAGCAGAAUGAUGUUUAUUGGAAAUGAACUUACAAUACGUUGUUUUUUGUCUUGAAAGCUGCACUCUCACAGAUUUAUCGUUUUUCCAACUUCUUUUAUUUUUUGUCUUGGAAUUAGAAAAAAAAUGCGUAAAUAUCUGCUAACCAGUGAUAUAAGACUGCUGACAAAAGAUCAGAUCGCUGAUUUUCAUAUUUCCAUUCCAAAUUUCAUGUUUUAUGACUUAAACCGUUACUAACGGUUUAAGAAAAAUGCAUAAAACAUCAAUUUUGGGAUGGAAAUAUGUAAAGCUGCGAUCUGAUCUUUUGUCAGCAGUCUUUUAUCACUGGUUUGCAGAUAUUUACGCAAAAAUUUGCUCGUUCCAAGACAAAAAAUUAAAAAAGUUGUCAAAACGUUCAAUCUGUGAGAGUGCAGCUUUAAGAGAAUAUGACUUUAGUCCAUUUGAUUGACCAAGAACAUGUGUAAAAUGUGCAGACCGAUGACGUUUACAACGUUGUAAACGUUUUCAGUUCUAAACAUUCGGCCAAUGAACUAACUUUAGUAUUAAAACCGUGUCCUUUGAAUGGUAUGAGUUGUUUAUGAUUAAUUUUGGAAGAUUUCAUCAUAAAAUAUUCCUUGGUUAUACAUUUAGUACACACACUGUUAAAAAUAAAAAUAAACAAUCAUAAAGCUUUAUUAGCUUAUAAAUUUCAAUUAUAGCCAAUGGGAGAGUCCUGAACACUUACUGUUAGCCUAGUCUUGUUUUAUUUUUGGCUUUAAAUUGUGUCCUGUCCAAAAUUUGGGGAAAUGGUAAAUGAUUAGAAAUAGAGGCAUUUUUUUCCUUUUAAUGCAUGCAUGUUAAAGUCGUGGCUAUUUAUAGCUAGAACGUGAUAAUUUUUUAGUCAUAUAAUCAUACUUUAAUACUUUCUAAAAGCGAAAAUGAUCCCACUGCAUGUAUGUUCAAGUCGUGGCUAUUUAUAGCUAAAACGUGAUCGGUUUUUGGUCAUAUAAUCAUACUUGAAUACUUUCUAAAAGCGAAAAUGAUCCCACUCGUUCUCUGAAUGCAUUAACGUAAAAGAUUUUAAACCAAUUGCAUUUUCCUUUUGGCUGGUAAACAUUUACUUUUUAUCAUAUUUUGAAAUAACAUCAUUUGCUUAUUAAAUGUAUCCAAUUUAAUGCUGUUUCGUUUCUUGAGUUAGGAUACAGAUCGCCGAAAUAUCUAAUGAUUUGUAAAUUUUGGUCUAUAUGGUGUAAUGACUCUCAUCAUUCAAAUUCUGGAAACUAGCAAUUUCAUGCAUUAAAGCUGCACUCUCACAGAAUCCCCAUUUUGACAACUUUUUUUCUUCUUUUUGUUGUUGUCUUGGAAUGAACCAAUUUUUCGUCAAUGUCUAAAAACUAGUGAUAUAAGACUCCUAACAGAAGAUCAGAUUGCAGCUAUUCAUGUUUACGGUCGAAUAUUGAUAUUUAAUGGAUAAAAGUGUUGUUUAUUAACACUUUAAGAAAAAUGAAAUUUUCGGGAGUUUCCCCAAGUAAUUGAGGUCUGUAAUAUUGUAAGUUAUUUGAUAUACAUGUAUG